AUGUUGCGUCAUUUACCAAAUGAAUUGUGGUUGCAUAUUGCGGAGCUCCUACAAUCACCAGAACACAUCAAUUCACUUGUCCGAUCAAACAGACGCCUUUAUAUUCUUUUGAAUCCCUAUCUUUAUCGUUGUGAUGCACGAUAUGACGGUUGGGCACUGUAUUGGGCUACAGACUGUGGCCAAUACGAGAGUGUUCAAAAGGCACUUGCAGCAGGAGCAUGCAGUCAACAUCCGGCUAAGCUUGAAACCCAUCUAUUCAUUGCGGCACGGAACAGGUACGAAGACAUAGUACAGCUGUUGCUUGCCGCCGACGACCGGAUCCUCCAGGGUUCCGAUUUGUGUACUGCCCUGUCAUUGGCAGUACAGGAGAAACAUAGCGCAGUACUUAAGCGGCUGCUCGCUGUCAACGGCAUCAAGCCGAACCUUCAGGGUUCUGAUGGGCGAACUGCCUUAUCGUGGGCCGCACAGAAGGGACAUACCGAUGCACUCAAGCUACUGCUUGCUGUCAAUGGCAUCAACCCAAAUUCCCAGGAUUCUGAUAGGAAAACCGCAUUAUGGCACGCGGCAAGGAAGGGACGAGAGGCAAUUGUCAAGCUGUUGCUUGAUACUGCUACUAUCGAGCCAGACUGUCCUGAUUACAGCGGAUGGACGCCUCUAAUUCAUGCAGUAUUCAACAGGCAUGAAGCUGUAGUCGAGUUUCUGCUUGCUGCAGGUGUCGAUCUCGAGAUCAGGAUUCUUGAUGAAGAAACACCUCUGUUCUUGGCGGUAAUGCUGAAAGCGGAGAAAAUAGUCCAGCUACUUCUCGAUAAUGGCGCCAAUCCAAACUCUCAAGAUAUCGAUGGGUGGACACCCCUAACACUGGCUAGAAGAAAAGGACAUGAAGGAUUAGUCAAGCUUUUGCACUCUGCAAGCAAGAUCACCUCGAACUCUGUAGAAGUUUGA